AUCCUUUGCGAAUAGUAACUACUGUUAGUUUAUAACACAGAAGCAUUGGAGAACCAAAACCACUCUCCACAUUUUCUUUUCCUGUUUUUUUUUUUCUUGGUUUCUUUUAUUUUAUCAGCAAGCUAACAACUUACAAAAACGAUAUAUAAUAUAUGUUCCUUUACGAUCCCUUGGUGUUGCUAAACCGAAAAUGGAAAGGACAGAAGUUGGAGAAGCGCUUACUUGUAGAAUCGCAGGCCCUCACUUCUGCAGCCUUCACAGAAGAACACAUUCAAUCUCUUCGAAACUAUGUUGUGCGCUUGAUCUGUGAUUAUUCGAAGACUCAGAAAUUUGAUGCCAUUAUCCCAUUUCAUGCUGUGACCUACUUUGAUCAUUUUAUGUCGAAAUAUCCAUUUCCGAUUUUAAAUGAGGAAUACUUUUACUCCAUAGCUUUAAUUUCAACAUUGAAUUCCGAAGUCAACCAGAUCAUUAUUCAAGAUCAAGGAGAUAUAAGUUCACCCAAUUCAAACCCUCAAUUUUUAGAACGGAUAAAGAGCAAUUAACAACUUCCAUCAAUGAGAUGAGAGUUGUUUCAAAGGAGGCCAAAGGAGUAAAUGAUGUUGCACGCAAGGUAAAGAAGCAGAAAAAGAAAAUGGCAUCAUCAGCGUCAUCAGAUACAGAAUUAUUGGGUUUUCAAGUAAACUGGAAAGUUAGUGGAAAUGCAGCUGAAGAAUUAAAUAAAUUUGAUUUAUCAUUGUUCAUGGAGCCUGCAGAGCCAGAGGUUAAAAUUCUAGGCUGCAUUCCGCUAAAAUGGUUGCCAUGUUGGGGUUACUAAUGAAACUUUUUAGUACAAAAAUUGGAUUGACAUACCAAAACAAUUGACUGUCAUCUUUAAUUUCUACUAGCAUUUAGGCUUCUUUUGUUUUUGUGCUGCUGUGUUUUCCCCCGAAUGAUUAGAGUAAGGCAUUUAGUAUUGUUGAAGUGUGUGGAAGAGUAAAGCCCAUGUAUUGAAGCUCCAAUUGAUUGACAUGUUGAAAGGCUAAAAAUACUUUUGAGGGCCAUUGUUCUCUCUCAACACCCUUUACUAAAAGGAGAAUUCAGCAUGGACUUUAUGGCAAGUGGGGUUAUGAAUUGUCCUAGCCAUCUAAAGUUCCCUUUGCUAUAUCCAGCCCCAGGGAGAACUAUUCAGCUAAUAAAUUAACGGAGAUGACUGGCAGUGGUACGUUGGGUGCUUUUUUGAUCUUUCAAUAUUUAUGUACAAAGGUUCUUGAUUACUCAUAUAUCAAAGAUUCAUCAUGAUCAUGGUGAAAGCAGAAAAAUUUGGU